AUUUUACAUAUAUAUAAACUUCUUUUCUAUACACCACUUGGACGCGGUGUGAAGUCCGAUCCAACGAGACACGGUCGGUCGCGACCGUGAAUUUACCGAGUUUACUCCGAUUAAAGACGAUAUUCGUUGCACCGCUCCAAGUGAGUCGCGGUGAUUAAGAAAUAUUUUAUACAAGUUCUUGCCGUGUAUUUAUUAAUUUUGUGAGCAUGCAAAUUGCCAGACAAGUUGUCUUCACACACGAUUCUGCAACUUGUGUCGUACUUCUUGCGAUUGACAGUGCGUGAAUUUUACAUAUGGGGAGAGGAGGAGGUUAUAAAAUUUAAUAUUUCAUAAUCCGUUGAAUGUUGCGUUUGACAAGUGACUUCGAUAAUUACAUAUACAAUUUUGUACUGUGAAAAGGUAUAUGGACAGAUUAAAAUUAAGGGAGAACAAUGUCGUCCACGUUAGCCACUCCUCGGAAAUUGCCAAUCUUUGUGUUUCCACAAAGCAUUACGUUCUACCUGGACGACCAGUCCACCCACAAGCAAGUGUUAACUUUGUAUAACCCAUAUGACUUUCCUGUAAAAUUCAGAGUUUUAUGUACUGCGCCGUACAAAUAUCAGGUGGUCGAUCCAGAGGGCGUGAUAAAGGCAAGUUCCUGCGUCGAUAUUGUUGUCAGACAUACGGCGGUUUUAGCAAGUAACUGCAAUGUGAUUGAUAAAUUCAGAAUACACAUGCACGAAUAUCCUACUAAGCAGGUAAUUGGGAAAAGAGAUGUAGAAGCUAAACUUCUCCCUGGAAUGAUGGAUACAGCCGGGAGGGCGACACCAGAUCCAGAUGUGUUUCAACAACUUCCAAUAAAUGAAAAUAGGCAGCAAGAAUCCUAUGCGCUCAUAAGCCGAAAUAAAACGAUGGACAGAGGUACGAAUUAUGUAGCGCUCAUCGCAGGAAUUAUAUGCAUAAUUGGAUUGCUUCUACCCACUGAAGGAGAACAAAGUCACAGAAUGCCUGAUUAUCUGCAUCUCUCUGUGAAUUUUAAAUUAAUAUUCUCAUUUGUAUUAGGUAUGGUCGCGAAUAUCGUUUUAGGGCUAUAAUCUUUAGAUUUUUAUACGAACGACAACUUUGUACACACGAUGGAGAAUCGUAGGAUAAAAGCACAAUUAAUACAAGACUUCAUUACAUUGGGCCUCCUUUCUUAUGAAAUGUACUCGAUUCUAGUCUACAGAUAGCAAAUUUCAAUUUUCUAUUGACCAAGAUAUUGAUAUUUGUUUUUUAUAAUAAUUAUUAUAUUAUAAUCUUAUAGAUA